AUGCCCAGCGCACCAUUCAAUGAUGUUCUGACCACAAAUGCCGUGGAUAUGCAGCGGCUUCUGGCAGAUAACCAAACCACCAGCGUUCAAAUUGUUCAACAGUAUUUUGAACAAAUCGAUCGCCAUGAACCGGUUCUCAAUGCCCUCAUCUCCCCCGCACCCCGCGACCAAGUGUUACGUGUCGCCGCAGCGUUGGACGAAGAGCGCAGUAAUGGGAAUAUUCGUAGCGCAUUCCACGGAAUUCCGAUUGUCCUCAAGGACACCUUUGUGACUGCUUCCAGCCUCGGCAUGAGCACUACCGCAGGAUCAUGGGCCUUUGCUGGAGCCAAGUCCACCAAAAACUCUGUGAUUGCGCAGAUGUUAAUCAAUGCUGGCUUGAUAAUAAUAGGAAAAGCCAACAUGACGGAGUUUGCUGGUAUGAAAAUGACAAUGAUGAUGCCGGGAUGGUCCAGCUACGGCGGCCAAACUUUGUCCCCAUACGUGGGCAAGAUCGAAGAUAACGAAACCUUGCUGGGACACUCGGCCCCAGGAGGAUCCUCUACCGGUUCCGCUGUUGCUGUGGCCGCUGGCUUUAGUCCUCUGGCAAUGGGCACAGAAACAAUUGGAUCCAUCGUCACCCCGUCGACGCGUGCAGGCCUCUACGCCCUCAAAGUUACAAACGGUGUUAUGGAUACUACCGGUGUUUACACAAUGACGGAUUUCUUUGACAGCGUUGGGCCCAUGGCGAAAAGCUCUGCAGAUGUGCGAAUAAUAGCCGAGAUUCUACUAAAGCGUUCAUUCAGCUCUGCCGAUUUAGGGACCUGGAAAGGACUGUCUGUCGGCUUUCUCGACCCAAAUGUAUGGAAAAUGGCCAAGGAGAUGUGUCCACCACACGAAGGCACUGCGGAACAAAUGGUGGAAGACUAUGAGGAUACCAUCAAACUCCUUCAGAAAGAUGGUCGCUCGCUAAAAUACCCUAUCAAAAUCGCUGACGUCGACGAGUUGACGGUAGAUGGAGAACAGGCCAUUAUGCCCAUCGCUUGCAUCCUCCGCUUCAUCGACUCGUUUGAGGAAUGCCCCGUAAAAAGCGCGGAAGAUAUCGUCAAAUUUAACAAAGACAAUAGCGAAAAGGCAAUGCCUCCGCCAUACACUGAGCAAAAUGACCUUGAAAAGUCUCUCGGCUGCAACGACGAUCCGGAAAAGAUUGAGGGGCUACGCAACGAGCUUCGACACGUAGCCAGACAAAUUGUCAACACCGCUUUCGAUACUCAAGGUGUGAACCUUAUUGUAGCUCCCGGCGAUAGCUCUCUCUGUAUACAUGCCGCUGCAGCAGGUUACCCCAUCGCAACGGCGCCAAUCGGGCAAUUACGAUACAACGGGCGGCCGUUUGGUUUGUGUAUAUUGGCCAGAGAAAAUCAAGAAGAGUUACUAUUACGUUUCAUGGCGGCAUACGAGGCGGUUGCUGCGCCUCGGCCGGUACCGAAUUUGUAA